AUGGCGGCCAUGGAUUUCACCGCUCUGAGAGCUCAGACUCUAAGAUCGGGUGCCGAUGAGGAGGCUGUCACCGUGAAUACUCGAGCCCUGAUUGACAAAGUACUUGCAAGAUACUCAGGAGAAUGGACGACAUUAAGAGAGCUGAUACAGAACGCAGCGGACGCCACUGCGACCAAGGUCACAAUUAAGUUCGAUUCUGUCCCAUCGCCUACGAUACCUCUGCCUCAAGAUGCCACACCUUCGAAUAUGCUAAAGCACGUUAUCCAGCACCAUACUCUUAAGCGCAUGGUCGUUACGAACAAUGGAACACCCUUCAACGAGAACGACUGGACUCGGUUGAAGAGAAUAGCUGAGGGUAAUCCAGAUGAGACCAAAAUCGGUGCAUUUGGUGUUGGUUUCUACUCCGUCUUCGCUGAUUGCGAGGAGCCUUUUGUCUCGUCUGGAAGAGAAGCUAUGGCAUUCUACUGGAAGACGAAUGCACUAUUUACACGACGGCUGAAAUUGCCGGAAGGAGAAGGAAAUACUGACACAAACUUCGUGCUGGACUACAGAGACACAACCUCUGUGAUACCUUCCUUGAUAUCCUUGAGUCAAUUUCUAGCAAGCUCGCUCACUUUUGUUGGCAUAGAAAAGAUUGAGCUGUGGAUAGAUCAAUGGAACAUCUUGACCCUGACCAAGAAGACCUCUCCGAGUGUGGAUGUACCUAUACCCAAGGACAUCGAGCCAAAAACGAGCGAAGGUUUCAUGAAGGUGAUAAAUGUAUCAAAAGAGCUGGCUCAAAUAGACGGUGAAUGGAUGCCAAUAGUUGCAUUCAAGUCUUCACAACCUGGUGCGACACGAUCAGCCGCAAGAGAUGAGGCGCCUUCGUUGCGUGGCUUCUUCUCGAGACUAGCUGGAGGUCGACAAUCGGAAGAUGCUGUGCUUCCCACCAAGCAGAAAGAGAUCGAGCAGACUGAUUCGACGCAGAAAGUCAAGGCAACCAUAUUCCUGAACGUAGAUACCGCAACCAUCAAGACGUUUACUGGAGUGAAAUUCAACGAGGAACUAGAAAGAGCUACGAAGAAACCACCACCCAAGACUACGAAGUUGGCUGUACUCACAGGUCCUUUCGUCGAGAAUGACACGCUCACGAACACAACCAAACACGGCGACAUCUUUGGCACAGUCCUGCCGUCAAGGUCAGGCAGGAUCUUCAUCGGAUUUCCGACCCACCAAACAACUGGCCUCAAUGCUCAUAUCUCCGCACCCUCAGUCAUCCCAACGGUCGAGCGGGAAUCGAUCGAUCUCAACGCGAAAUAUGUUCGGACGUGGAACAUGGAAAUGCUUCGUGCUGCUGGUAUAGUGUGCCGGAUAGCUUGGACAGCAGAGAUGGCAGAGUUGCGCCCUUUCUUACAGGAAGGUAUCACUAUCUUCAAAAACUUUACCUUCAGAGAGUCAACUCCUUCACCAAAGACGGGAGAGCUUCUUGAGGAUGCUUUCUGGAGAAGCGGCAAGAAGGCUGCGAUUGACGUACUGUCAAGCUGUGGUGUGCUACCAACCCAUCAAGUGCGUAUAGCACCGAAAGACCUUAGUUUUGUCGAGGGCGUGCCAGUACUGCCUGAGAAACUUAUGGAGCAAGCAAAGCCAUUUGUUAACAAGCUGGUUGAGUUCGGCUUAGUCACCGAAGUUACGGUUUCGGAUAUCAAGCAAGCUCUGGAGGCCAAUGCAUUGACUAGCAAACAACUUACCGAGUUUCUGGACUGGUUGGUCAAGAACGUCGCCAAGGAACAGCUUGAUGGCCAGACCGUGGCGACGCUAUUGUCUAUUACUGUCGCGAAUGAAGAAACCGAGGAGAGCUCAAAUGGUCGAUUGCUCAUGCUGGGCGGCAUUGAAUACUUCCACAACCCGAGCCGGAUACCACCAAACUUUCCAGUACCCGAGACAGUUAUGCCCUUGAAAUAUACCAGCAGCUUCUCGAAGCAGAAUCUAGAGUCUUUGGGCUGGCAAGAGUUGCAAAUCGUACCCUGGAUGCGGUGGCUCAUUGCAGAGUCAAAGAGUCGAUCCAUGCUUCGAGAAGACCAAGAUCUGACCUCAUCCGCCGCCUUCAGUUCUCAAGUCUUUGCUCUGAUUUCAAAGCAAUGGGAGUCUAUGAGUCAAUCAUCGAAGCAGUCGCUGGUCGAACUGCUGAGCGCUCAUACUGUGGUUCCUACUAAGCUUGGUAUGAAGAAGCCUGGUGAUGCAUACUUUCCUAAUGUCAAGCUUUUCGACGAUUUGCCAACCAUCACUGGGUUCAACAACGUGAAGGACAAGGUGUUGAAUGCCUUUGGAGUGCGAAAGACAGUGGAGCUUGGCGUGGUAUUUGAUCGUCUACUCAAGCCUACGAAGGAUGUGAAUGCUCAAAGCCCUGGUCGUCACAUGGCUCUAGUUCAAUAUUUGGCUUCUGUGAGGGACGAUAUUCCUUCAGCUGACAUGCAACGAUUGCGCAACACACCUAUUUGUCCGAAAGAGGAUCGACAAAGCGAAGUACGAGAAUCAGAACAGCGCUACAAAGUUUCAGAACUCUUCGAACCUCGUCCUCAGCUGCGUGAUCUUGGCCUUCCAGUUCUUGCUUGGCAAGGGCCAUACAGGAGCAAUAGCGCAGAAGGUCGUCUCUUGACCUCUUUGGGACUUCGCACUACACCGGACGCUGCCGAGCUUAUUUCCAUCAUGGCUCAAGCAGGUCAAACUGGUGAUGCAUCACUCACAGCCAGAGCUAUGGCAUUCUUCAUCAGUGGCUAUCACGCCAAUGGUUAUGCUCAAUUUGAUUACUCGAAAGUGCAAACUCCGUUCCUGCCUCUAGAGAACAAGCCUGACCUUAGCACACCUUCCAGUUGCUACAUCGACGAAGGAGCUCGCUUGCUAGGGUUUGAUAUUGUACGGCGAGAUCUACAUGGUCAUGCGGCUAUGUUCGGUGUGCGAAGACAUCCACCAAUCGAAACCUGUAUUCAGAUUCUAGCUACGAAGAAAUUGACGUCUCACCAAGAAGCACGGGCUAUCUUUGCAUACUUUGCAGGACGGUUAAACGAGAUCAAUGCUUCGAUUAUUCCCAAAUUGCAGGACCUCAACUUCGUGCCUAUCUUCUCCAAAAACAAGGAGAAGACUAUACUUAAGAGCUAUACAUCUCCUCGCAAUGUCUUCCUUGGCGACAGCGACACUUUCGGAGAGAUCUUCAACUAUGUGGAUUUUGGUCAGGAGGCCAACGCUUUCCUUCUCAAGUGUGGUUCGAAACCUGAGCCGACCAAGGUAGAGGUUGCUCAGAUAUUGGUCAGAGAGCCAGCUAGAAUAUCGUCCACUUUCAAGAAUCCAGAAAAGUACUUGACGUUGCUGAGAAGUCUGGCGGACAGUGUUAGUCUGCUGAAGAAGAAUAAAGAUCUUUUCCGGGAGAUGAAGCGGGCGCCCUUCCUGCUAGCGAGCAAGCACAUACCAGGACCCAAGAAUGGCAACCUUAUCGGCGAUGAUGAGGAUUACCUGGAUGAUGACGAGAGCCAAGGUAUCACAGAGUGGCAGCUUUGCAGUGCCGAGGAUGCUAUCAUCGUUGACGAGUUCAUUUCCUAUAAUCUUUUCAAGUCUAGCAUUCUCGCUGCGCCUCAAGAAGAAGGUCUGGAAGACUUUUAUUUUGCUCUGGGUUCGCAGAUGCUUAGCUCGCUGGUCGAAGAGGCUGCACGACAUGGCUCGCGAGCACCUGAUCAGGGUCCUGCUCAGAAGCUCCACAGACUCAUCAUCGAGCGUUCACAGCUGUUCCUCCACGAGCAACCUGCCGACAACAUCAAGCACGAUUCUCGCUGGCUUGAGAAGAAUCUUAGUGUGCAAUUAGUAUCUCACAUCACGCUAAGGAGGUCACUCAAGGGCAGGAACAUCACUCACUCUGAAAAGAGGACGGCGGUCAUUACUCAAGCCAAUCGAGAGUAUAUUCUGUGGGUUGUCGGCGGCAGUCCUGACUUCUACCAGGUCAGCCAGGCUCUCAUUCACCUAUUACUGAAUCGACCCAAACUUCAUUCGCCGCUUACACUUGAGAUGCUAUUGAAGACAGAUUUGCUAGAGCUUCGAAACAGAGGUUUCAAUGUUUCUCGUAUCCUGCGACAAAAGGCUGCAGAAGCUAGACUUGCAGAGAACAAACGUCAACAAGAACUGGAAGAGGAGCAGAAGAAGAUACAUGAACAGCAAAAAGCUUGGGAGACCUCACGAGCAGUACAAAAGAAGGAGAAGGAAGGACCACAAAUUGGUGCUUUCCCAGAUUCGCCAGACAGUAAGAGUGCCCUGGCUGGACCUUCACAGCCGCCUGAAUCGGAGAUCUUCAACGAACCACUACGUUCUGCACGUGGUAUGCUUUCGAAUCUUUUUGGUGGACGUCAACAGCGUCCAGGAUCGCAAGCACUUCCUGAGCCUAUUCCGCAGCGUGUCCGUACUGCACAGUCUGAGACAGAUCCACCUCCACCAUAUUCGCAGGGUGGUCCGGAUCAGACAGUGACAGCACCACAUCAUAUGCGCGAGAACUUGCUCAGCGCUAUCAAAAAGUCUCGCCCUCAUAAUUCUUCCGAAAUCUUCUCUCGUGGUGAGCAGAACACGGUAUCAGAAACAAAAUCUUACUGCGACGAAAAGCCCGCUCAUGAACUCACUUUCGUGGCCGAGCUCAAGCACGGUAUUCAGAUGUUCCUACCUCAAAUGCAAGGUCUUGAGCCGUCAGCUUUCCUCUCACAGAACAUCAACGGCCUCACACGUUUUUCCGACCUGCUUAAGAGCACAGGUGACAUCUUCAGUCUGUCUCCUCGCAUCCUCAAUAUAUUCUACGAGACAGGUGGCAAGACUAUUGCUUUCAAUCGCAACGGCAGCAUCUUCUGCAAUUACCUAUAUUUCAAGCAGUUGCACGAGAUGCAGAUCCUAGGUGGUGAUGCAGCACAAGCCCAGGCGGGAUGCAAUGAUGCGCUGGUAUACUGGUGGGUAAUUUUGUGUCAUGAGCUGGCGCACAACUUGGUGGCCGAUCAUAGCUCGAAUCAUUCUUAUUAUACGGAAGGGUUUGUAGCUCAGUACUUUGGCAGAGUGGUUGAGAAGAUUGCGGAGGGAAGAGGAAGAGUACAGCAGAGGCAGACGGUGGUACCGGAUCGCACGGCGCAGCCUACGUGA